AAGCAUAUUUUUUUUCUUUCACUUGUAAACAAUCGUGUUAAACAAACAUGUCCCUUUGAAGCUUCAAAUCGCAUUAUUUCUUUCUAAGAUGAUGGAAAAACAACACAUCCAAGACUUAACAAUUGUUCUGAAUGAUGAGAAAAUGAUCCUGCAAAGCUUUAAACUAAAAGAGAAAACAUUCCAUCAAAGCUUAAAAAGCGCCAGAAGAAAUGAGAAAAAAGUCAGCAAUAACUCACCCAUGAGAAAAAAAACGUCAAACAUGAAUGCUGAAGGAUCUGAUGAAGAAAUUGGUCCUAGACCUGUUUGUAUAUUAAAAGCGAAAGAUGACCAUACAUUUGAAUUGGACACUGAUGCAUUAGAAAGCGUUUUACUGCAAGCUGACAUUCGCGAUAAAAGAGUGGUAGUUGUGUCAGUUGCAGGUGCUUUUCGAAAGGGGAAAUCAUUUUUACUGGAUUUUUUCAUUCGAUAUUUACAAAGACAAGGAAAAGAUGAUUGGAUGGGGAGUGAAAAUGAGGAGCUCACUGGAUUUAGUUGGAGGGGUGGUGCAGAACGAGAGACAACAGGCGUUCUGCUGUGGAAUGAAGCUUUUACUUCACGAUUACCAAGUGGAGAAGAGGUUGUUGUGUUACUAAUGGAUACCCAGGGUGCAUUUGACAGUUCAUCAACUGUGAAAGAUUGUGCCACUGUGUUUGCGUUGAGCACAAUGACAAGCUCUGUGCAAGUGUACAAUAUCUCUGCAAAUCUUCAAGAAGACAAUUUACAACAUCUUCAGUUGUUUACUGAGUAUGGCCGCCUGGCAAUGGAAGAGAAUAGUGCAAAACCUUUUCAAAGAUUAGAAUUUCUGAUUCGUGACUGGAGUUACCCAUACGAAUAUGAUUAUGGUGAUGGACAGUUGUUUCUGGAUAAGAGACUUUCGGUUGGCGAUGAUCAGCACGAUGAGUUAAAGAGAGCACGUCAACAUAUACAUGGUUGUUUCGAGAAAGUUGGUUGCUACCUCAUGCCGCAUCCUGGCAAAGUUGUUGCUACCAAUCCUAAAUUCAAAGGCAAAUUGAGUGAUAUUGAUGAUGAAUUUAAAGAAUACCUAGGCAAAUUAAUACCCAGACUACUUUCACCAAAAAAUCUGUUAAUAAAAUCUAUUAAUGGAAGUGACGUCACAUGUCGUGGACUAGUAGAAUAUUUUAAAGCAUACAUAAAAAUAUUUCAAGGGGGCGAACUACCUGAACCUAAAUCCAUGUUGCAGGCCACAGCGGAAGCAAACAAUCUGGCAGCUUUAGCAGCGGCUAAAGACCAAUACCAAAAAGAUAUGGAACAGGUGUGCGGAGGAGAUACACCCUACUUAUCUCCGUCGGAGUUGGAAAAUAAGAGUGAAAUAUAUAAAUCAAAAGCUUUGACUUUAUUCAACGCCACACGAAAGAUGGGAGGGGAUCAAUUCAGUAAGGAGUUUGAAGAUCGGCUUCAAAACGAAAUAAAUGAAUUAUUUGAAAACUUUGUGAAAUUGAACGACAGUAAAAAUAUUUUCAAUGCAGCACGUACACCUGCCGUCUUCUUAGUGAUCAUGGUUGCUUCCUACAUGUUGUCAGGGUUCUUCCUCAUGUUUGGAGUAACAUCUAUCGCUUCCCUCUUUAACAUCAUACUUGGUUUUGCGUUGUUGGCGGUGGUCAUUUGGGCCUAUGUACGUUUCAGUGGGGAAAUGAGAGAAAUAGGGACACAGCUAGAUAGUGUUGCUGAAUGGAUCUGGGACGAGAUAUUUAUGUUUGGUUACGCUUUUAUUCUGGAACAGGGGACUCAAGCCAUGGUCAAUAGACAUACCAACAGACAAGGAAAGAAGAAUAAAUAACCUAAUUAUAUGGACCUUGUGUAUUACAUAGUAAACGUUGACCACCUGAGAAAUUGUUUUUAAUCUGUUUCUUUUUUGGCUUGUAUUCAUCACAUUUUCUGUUUCAAAUUUUUAAAUAUCGUCCUUUAGGUUAAAUAAGAUUUUGUUUCAAAUUAUUAUCGUUAGAAAUCCGAACAAUGUAUUCCGUUUUGCGAACACUCGCCUACUCUCUAGUAUUUAAAGAUCUGAUCUGCUGUUUUCGGUUUUCUACUGUAUAACGCACUAAUUUUUAUGUUCUAUUUCAAGUGUUCCGUUUAGUUGUAAUAUAUGAAUUUAAUUCGAAUAAAAUAGAAAAAAACUUUUAAUGCGACUUAAAAAUCUGCUUUGUAAUCAAAGUAACAAUUUCAACAUGUGCAAAAAAAUAUAUACGAUACAAGAUAC